GGCGCGCGCGCAGCCCGACACAUUGCGAGCCAAAAAUACCGCCUUGCCCGGCCGCCGCCCUCACCACGUAUACACUGACAUUGUAAAAAUACCAGUAUAACAACGACAACAAGUGCUGAACCAGUAUACUUGUGAAACAGUGUUUACUGCUCUGUGGUCACUUGUGAUAGAAACUUUUUAUCUUGUGGUCAAGGGUGGUAGAAGUACUGAUGGUGCAAUGUCACCGGCUGCCAUCAGCUCCGACCUGCCACAAUGGUGUGGCAACUCAGACAACUGCCAGCAAGCUUUACUAGGCUGGCUCUUCCUGAACCAAGAUCAGAAUGAUCCGUGGGUGCCGGGUUCUAUCUGGGGCCCGCUGCCGACGGCGGCACCAUGCUCUACAGCGCCCUCCGACGACGUCUCCUCGCUGGCGGACCAACUGGCCGCAUUGUCCCUGCGUCGCCCAACGCGCCCGCCGCCUCCAGCUUACAUGUGUCAUCUUUGCUUUAAGAAAGGACAUUACAUUGGAGAUUGCCCACAGGCUCGUCCGAAAGGUGAAGGGUUGACCCCGUAUCAGGGUAAAAAGCGGUGCUUCGGCGAGUACAAGUGCCCGAAGUGCAAACGCAAAUGGAUGAGUGGGAACUCCUGGGCCAACAACGGACAGGAGUGUAUCAAAUGUCGGAUUAACGUCUUCCCACAUAAACAGAGGCCAUUGGAGAAGCCAGAUGGUCUGGACGUGAGUGACCAGUCCAAGAUUCAUCCGCAGCAUUUGUGCCAGAAGUGUCGUACCCUAGGUUACUAUUGCCGCAGGGAGUACUGACCAGUUACCUUCAGAAUACCUUAGAUAUACUACUCUACUAGUGUUUGCAUACUCAUUCUUCUAGUACUGUCGAAAGUACUGACCAGUUUACCUUAAGAAAUAUUAAAUAACUCUGUGGCGCGUCUAAAAUGGCCCUUGGCC